AUGGCUAGUCGUGAUCGUGAUAAAUUUAGAUCACAUCCUUCAGGUCAUCAAAAACGGCUGAAAAAAGCAAAAGUUGAAGCAUUCAUGCAAAAACAACGUGGAUGUUUUGAAAAGUUUGUCAGUAAAAAAAAUGAAGAUUUAUUAGGUGGAGUAAACUUGGUUAGUAAAAAUGAUGGAAUAGAAAACACAGAUGUGGAUUGUGAAGUUCAGGAAGUGUCUAAUGUAAAUAAAAAUAUUACUGGGUUGCAAAAUGUUCAAAAUCUUACAUCACCUCUUGAUGUUCAAGAAACACAAAAUACUUUGAACGAUAGAUAUGUUUAUGAUUUAAAUGAUCCUGGAUGUUGGCCUUCAGAAAUCACUCAUAAUAUUCGAAUAGAAAUUGUAUCUUUAGGUGUAAAAAGAAAUACACAUCAAGAGUUUCCUGCUAAUAAUGAAAACCCACCAAGAAAGUUUACUUCUUAUCAUUUCUAUCGAACUAUGUCUAACGGUGAACGCGUCGAUAGAGAAUGGUUAAUAUAUUCAAAUAAAAAGGAUUGUGUAUACUGCUUUUGCUGCAAACUCUUUUUAAAAAAAAAUUGUACUAGUGGCUUAUCUUUAAACGGUAUCAACGAUUGGAAAAAUAUAAGUUAUUCUCUUAAAAUACAUGAACAAUCGAUUAAUCAUUGUCAAUCACUUAAAGAUUGGUUAGAACUUAAAACAAGAUUAUUGUCAUCACAAACAAUUGACAAAGAACAUUUAGCGAUGUUGGAAAAAGAAAAGAACCACUGGCGCAAUGUACUUAAAAGAAUUAUAUGUACCGUGUAA